AACCAGUUAUCGCGCGUAGUAAAAUCACUCUGAAAGAAACGUGUGUCCCAAUAUGCUUGCCGUAGUUCAAGAUGGCGGCGCUCGGCGUACACAAUGAGGUGAUUGAGGAGGAUCUGCCUAAAGCAGUGCAACUACUCAACACGCUCACACAACAGGUUGCGUUUGUUACGAGCCACAUUCGAGACUUGAUAAAGAAAAUCCAGAAUAAAACAUACCCCACUUCUAAGGGUUUGUCCUUUUUGGACCUGCGAUACCACUUGCUGUUAUUUUACCUGCAGGAUGUUGUGCAUGUGAUGAGUGUUAAAGCAGAUGGUCAAAGUUUGAAGGACAACGGCGCCAUCCACAGGCUGGUCACCAUAAGAACGGUUCUCGAGAAGAUGCGUCCCAUCGAUCAAAAGCUGAAAUAUCAGAUCGAUAAAUUAGUGCGCACUGCUGUGACAGGCAGUCUGGCCGAAAACGAUCCUUUACACUUCCGUCCGAAUCCUGAGAAUCUGGUCAGCAAGCUCGAUCAGUUUGCGGAGUCCGACGACGACGACGACGAUGAUGAUGUUGAUAAGGGAAGUAAAAAAGAACCUGGGAAAAAGCCGGCCCCCAAACCCAGGAAAUAUGUCCCACCAAAGAUCGCACCAAUGCAUUAUGAUGGUGAUUUGACGGAGGCUGAUAGGCAGAAGGAGCUGGUCGAUAAACGCAGGAAGUUGGCGUUCCGCAGUUCAGUGAUCGGGGAGCUCCGGCAGCAGUACAGCGACGCACCAGAGGAAAUCCGCGAGCGCCAAGACUUCCAGACAGAGCGAGACAUUCGAGAAGAACAGCACAGGAAAAACUAUGAGGAAUCCAUGAUGGUACGUCUAAGUGUGUCAAAAGAUCAGAAGGCUAAGAAGAGACGCAUGAUGGGAAUGUCCUCACAGCUGAAGAGCAUCACACACUUCGGUGACAUCACAGCACUGACAGGCGGAGAGGCACCGGAUUUGGAUAAUCCCAGACCCAAAAAAAAGAAGAAACUGCUAAAGAAGAAAAACAAAAAGAAGAUGUUCAAGAAACGCAAGUAGAUGUAUUCUACAGCUGUAUACAAAAUUAAAAUAAAAUUACAAUCAACCCCUUUA